GUAAUAAAAGGACUCUGCUCCCCACACGCGAUUGCACAAUGAGCUCGGCCCAAGUUAAUGGAAUCUCGAAGAGAUUGAUCGUCGAAUCGCCGAAUGUGAAGCUGGAGGACGGAGUGCUCGAAAGUCGGUUCACCUAUCGCAAGAACCACUUUGAGCAUCGUGCCGAUGGGCUCCACGUGACGCCGAAGGAGCACGACUACUCGUUCAAGACGGUACUCAAGCCACGCAAGACUGGGCUCUUGUUGGUGGGACUCGGCGGCAACAACGGCUCGACCGCAGUCGGAUCCAUCUUCGCCAACCAGUACGCGAUGACGUGGCGGACCAAGGAGGGACACAGUCAGGCAAAUUAUUUUGGGUCCGUGACCCAAACUGCGACUGUUCACUUGGGCUACGACUCUGCCACCCAGAAUCAGAUCUUCGUGCCAUUCAAGGACAUCGUGCCGAUUCUCUCGCCGAACGACUUGAUCAUCAGCGGUUGGGACAUCAGCGACUCGAACCUGUACGAGGCUAUGGGGCGUGCUAAGGUUUUCGAACCUGAGCUUCAGGAGAAGCUCCGCCCAUUCAUGGAGCCCAUCGUACCGCUGCCGUCGAUCUACUAUCCGGACUUUAUCGCUUCGAAUCAGGGAGAUCGUGCGAAUAAUGUGAUCCCAGGAGACAACAAGUUGGAGCAUUUGGAGCACAUUCGAGCUGAUAUUCGCAAGUUCAAGCAGGAGCACGAGCUGGAAUGUGUGAUCGUGUUGUGGACGGCCAACACGGAGCGAUACACGGAUGUUCGCCAGGGGCUCAACGCCACCGCCGACGAGAUUAUGGAGUCGAUUCGUGUGAAUGAGGACGAGGUGUCGCCGUCGAACAUCUUUGCGGUGGCAUCGAUUCUUGAAGGUGCUCACUACAUCAAUGGAUCGCCGCAGAAUACGCUCGUGCCAGGGCUCAUCGAGCUCGCCGAGCGUCACAAAGUCUUCGUGGGAGGUGAUGAUUUCAAGUCGGGACAGACGAAGUUCAAAUCGGCGUUCGUGGACUUCCUGGUGAGCAGUGGUAUGAAGCCCGAAUCGAUCGUCUCGUACAACCAUCUCGGAAACAAUGACGGAAAGAACUUGAGCGAGGCGAGACAAUUCCGCUCGAAGGAGAUCUCGAAAUCAUCGGUCGUCGAUGAUAUGGUCAAAUCGAAUCAGAUCCUCUUCCCAGAUGCCAAGAAUCCGGAUCACUGCGUUGUGAUCAAGUAUGUACCAUAUGUUGCUGAUUCGAAGAGAGCCAUGGACGAAUAUAUCUGCAGUAUCUUCAUGGGCGGAAAGCAGACUUUCGUGGUUCACAACACGUGCGAGGACUCUUUGCUCGCCUCGCCUCUCAUCUACGACCUGGCGAUUCUCACGGAGCUCGCGAGCCGUGUCUCCUACAAAGUCGACGACGAGUACAAGCCAUUCCAUUCGGUGCUCUCGAUCCUUUCGCUGCUCCUGAAGGCUCCAGUUGUGCCACCGGGCACGCCGAUCAGCAAUGCCUUCAUGCGACAAUUCUCGACGCUCACGAAGCUGGUGACCGCGUUGGCAGGAUUCCCAUCGGACACUGAUAUGCAAAUCGAAUUCUUCACCCAACUUCCGGCGGCAAAAUCGAAAUCUCAGUGAUGAUGAUGAUAGACGCGAAUUUAUUUUCAAUUUUCAAAACUAACCCUUUUUUCUCUUUUCUUCUCUGUUUUGUCUUGUUGAAUGAAUCAGUUUUAUGUU